AUGUCUUCAACAGAGGUAAAUAUUAAUAUUAAAGUGAACAUCAAGUUACCCAACGUGCAUGCUCAUCAUGCUAAGAAGGCGUCUGCACAAGAGAAAUUGUCUUUACAAUUCAACAAGGACUCUAAGGUACAAACUGUGCUUGAUGUUUUAGCUGUUGCCAAACAAACUAAAUUCUUAACCAAUGUCCAAUUGAAACAUAAUGAUGCUGUAUUGAACGAUGAGCAAAUACUUUCUGAAUUAACGAGUGCAAAGGCCCUUGAAAAGGAUAUCCCACUAGAGGUUUCUGUUGAACUGAAACCAUAUAGUUUCAGAGAAUCUCUAAGACAUGCCGUUAUUGUUCGUGAUUUGAUUGGUUUUAGUUCUGAAACUGAAGACAAUUUAUCAGAAUUUGCUGUUUCCACUGGUUCUAAAUAUGAAUCAUUGAAUCUUUCCGAAAUUAGACAGAAGGAUCCAGAGGCAGAAAAGAAGAGAAAGGAGGAAGAAGAAAAAGCAGCUGCCAAGAAGGAAGAGACUAAAGAAGGUGAAGACCCUGAAAAGAAAGGUCACUUCUUAGAUGUAACUGAUGAAGAAAAAGAGGCCACAGCAAAAAUGGUGCGUGAGAUCUUCAAAUCUCAAAAGGAAUCUUCAUUAAAACAAUUCUUUAGUACUAACUCCACCCUUAUUACAUCUUGUGUUCGUUCAUUGAACUUAUCUCAAUACAAUCCUGUUCCAGCUUUCUACAAAACCAAGGGCCAUUUGUUAUACUUGCAAAUUGUCACUUUAGAAGGCGAAAGUCUUCAUAUUACUGCUACUCCAGCUGGGUUCUAUGUUAACAAAUCUACUAAUAGUAAAUUUGAUCCAUCAUUGAAGACAAAGAUUGAUGAUGAUUUGGAUACUAAGAGUCACGGACAUAAACAUGAAUCUCAUCCAACUGAGACCACUUUCUACAGUCUAUUUGAUUUAUUAGCUGCCCAUUCUAAGAAUUUCACAUCUCAUAUUGAGAAAUUAGAUAGCAAAUUGGCUACUAUGGAAAAUGCAUCUUACGUCAAACCACAAACUGCUUUCUUACACAAGCCAUGGUUGAUCUCUAGUGUUCCAUCUAACAACGGUGAUUAUUCAAAGUUGCAACAAGAUUAUGUCGAUAAUAUUGUAAACCUAGAGAGAAAUUUUAAUGACGAAUUUCAAGCAAUCAAGGACUUACCAACUGACGCUAUCGCUUCUCGUAUUGAAUCCGAGAGAUUGUUGGCAAAAUUAAUUCAUGAAUUUUCUGGUGUUGCUGCCAACGGUGCAAUGCUGAUCGUACAAAAUAGUAUGGUUGCCAUGAACCCAGAUGCCAAUGAAAGUGAACAGAUCUUUUUAAAGGACAACAUUUUCUACUCUUAUGUCACCGAUGUUAUUGGUACUUACUCUGACAAGGGUGGUGAUGCUGCUGCCAGAGCUGCUUCCAACCAGGAUCUAUUAACCAUCUCAAUCUUGAACAGAAUCAACCUAAAGGAUGUGCGUUAUUUACUGACCACCAUUGUUGACUUUGGUGGUAAGAGAUUAUUGGCUCAAACUCCUGUGCCAGGCUUACUAGGUACAAUGGGCUCCGAGGUUGUCAAGGACGAAACCACUGGUGAAGAAACUUUGAGGGAUUUGGAAAACGAUAUUGUUGUUAGUUACGGUUACGAUGAAACCACUAAGCAAAUCAUUAAAGAUGAAACAUUUGACAAAAUUCUUGGCGAUGAAUUCUCUAAGGUUUUCCAUCUGAAGAAAAAUAACGCCGACGAUGUUUGGUUCUCAUCUCAAUCUAAGGGUAUUGUUGGUUUUGACAAGAGACACUAUGUCUUGGAUUUGGCAAGCACCUACCCAGUUGAUAUUAACUUCAUCAAAGAAAAUUAUGAUAACGUCGAUGCUGAAUCUCGUUACCCACACAGACAAACACUAUUACGUCCUGAAUUAGUUGAAAAAUGGUGGAACAAAAAGGUAGAAGAUGAAAAGGACUUAACAAUGGAAGAUGCUUGGAAGCAAGGUAAAUUUACCUACAACCCAGAUGCUUAUCAAAUUCCAGGUGUAGAAGAUAAGACUAUUGACGAAAUUUCUGACUAUUUAAACAACGAUGUUAUUGCAGGUGUCAUCAAUGAUUUUGCCGAAGGUAAUGUUACUGCUCCAUACACCGGUUCUCAUUUGGUUGACACUCUACACAGAAACGGUAUCAAUGUGCGUUACUUGGGUAAGGUUAUCAAAGUUGCGCAAGCCAAACUGAAUGAACAGGAAAAACAACAUACUGACAGACUAGAUGAGAUUAAGGUCUCUAACGCUGAACAUGAAGCCUGGGAAGCUGCCUACUUGGAAAAGAUCCAAAAGAUGAUCAAAGAAAGACAAGAUAAGAUCAACAGAUUCGUUCAAGAAGGUAAAGAAGUUCCAAAGGAAUUAUCUGAAGGGUUGAAGUUAGAUGAUAAUGAGAUUAGAAAGGCUACCAAGAGUGACCCAGUUAUCGUUGGUAAGGAUGAACUUUUACCUGUCAUCGGUAUGGCAUACAUGGAAAUUAUUUCUCGUGCUUUAAAACACAUUUUCAGAACUUAUGCCAAUGAGUUGCCAGUUGCUGCAAUCCCAUCUAUGGUUGCUUACUUCUUCAACUUGUUAUUUGGUUUUACUUAUAAUGUUGCGCCAGAAGUUGAAAACGUCGAUGAAUUUUAUCCAGUAUCAUCUUAUGCAUUCUCUUCUGUUACUCGUGACACAUUAAUCCAAUCCAUUAUCAAGGAGACCAAGCUACGUUUCCGUGUUGACCUAACUAUUGAAACUUUAGAAAAAUACGUUAGUUAUAAGAACUUGAUGAUCAAAGAAAUCUCCUCUAAAUUUGGUAUCCAAUUAAUCAACAAAAACUACUUUUUCUCAAAGGAUGAAUUUGAAUCUUACAAACAAACCCAAGACAAGAAGGUCAGAUCUAAGAUUGUUGAGCCUGCUACUACCUUUAGUAAAGAUGAUAUGAUCAUCAUUCCUUUAGUAAAGAGUUCAAACUACAAUUCUAUCUUAAGUGAAGAAUUCUGGGGUCAAGGUACAGCAUUAGUUGCUGAAGAAAAGAAGGAAGAUGGUCUAACACUAAUGGCUCAAUCUAUUGCCAUUUUAGAAGACGUCAAAGGUGUUGUUCAUUCAGAUGUUGCCGAAAAAUACUUGUCUAUGGCUACUGUUUACAGUAGAAUUGGGUUGAUUCCUGAAGCCAUUGCCUUCUGUCGUAAAGCUUGUGUGAUUUACGAAAGAACCGAUGGUAUUGAUUCCUUUGAAUUACUAAGGGCAUUGAACAAUCUGGCUCUUUUGGAAUUAUCAAACGAAUCUCCACUUAAUGCAGCAUCGAUUUACAAGAGAAUCAUUGAAAUAUCUACAAUCUUUGAAUUGAAAGAGUUCCAUCACCCAAUUACUGCAAGUAUUUUCAACAAUUUGGAGCAAGUAGCCCUUGGUACCAGUAAUAUGAAAUUGACCGUUGAAGUAUUAAACAACUUGGCUGAGAUUAUUGUCAACUUGGAUGGUAAGGAUAACGUUGCAUAUGGUUUCACUGAAUCUCGUUUAGGUAACUUAUGUGCCUCUACUAAGGAAUACAAUGCAGCUUUAGAACAUAUUGUUCAUGCCGAAAAUGUUUUCACCAAGGAGUUGGGUAGUAACGAUCAUUUUACUGUCUCUGCCAAACAAUGGAUCAAUGGUUUAACCAACUUGUUGAACGAUCUACGUCAACAAAAAAUCUUAAAACAAGACCAAGAUGCAGCUGAUAGUUCUCCAGUGGUUCCUCAUGGGAAGAAAGCUCACUCAAAGAAACAACCAGCCUCUAAUCCAAAACUAGCUGAGAAAUCCGUCGAUGAGUUAUUGAAUUUUAUUGAAGGAGAUGAGCAUAAGAAAUCUUCCAAUGGCUCUAAGAAUCAAAAGAAGAAGAACGGUAAGAAAUAA